AUGCAAGAGGACAAGAUGAUGGAAUCCAAAGAGAUCUCCGCAGGUCCCAUCACUGAGGUCUCUUCACAAGAAGACGAUAAGGUCGGGACGGUCUCGCCCAUUGACGAAACCACAAACCGCCAUGGAGAGGGAUACAUGGGACAAUACCGUCGCACAUUUCGAUCCCGUCACAUCCAAAUUGUGACCUUGGGAAGCAACAUUGGGUCCGGUCUCUUCAUCUCCACGGGUAAGGCUCUUCGAAAUGCCGGUCCUGGAAACAUGAUCAUUGGAUAUACAACGGUCAUGACCAUGGUCGUUGUGACCCUUCAAUUGUUGACAGAGUUGACUGUGGCCUUCCCUGUGAGCGGAAGUCUCAUCGACUACGCAGACCGUUUCGUCGAUCCUGCCCUGGCCUUUGGAAUGGGCUUCGGCGAGUGGUUGGCCUGGACGACCGUCCUGGCUUCUGAAGGAGCCGCCUUCCAAGUCAUCAUUCAAUACUGGACUGAUGCUGUUCCCGUUGCUGUGUGGAUGACUCUGAUCAUUAUCAUCACCUUCGGUAUCCACGCCUGCCCCAACAGAGUGUUUGCAGAAGUCCAAUACGCUGUCGCGGUUCUGAAGGUCAUUAUGCUGCUGAUUAUGGUAUUUACGUGUUGUGCCAUGAUUGCUGGGGCUGGGCCGACGGGAACCGUCCACAAUGGUCAAUACUGGCGUGAGCUUCCGCCGUUUCUACACAACGUGAAGGGUACCUGCCUGUGUGCCAUCUACGCCAUUUGGGGAGUUGGCGACCAGGUAUACGUGGGAAUCAUGGGCGGCGAGACCAAGAACCCUCGACACACCAUGCCACGAGCAGUCAAGAGUGUCGGCGUUCGAGUCUUCUUCUUCUUCAUGCUGAUUGUCAUCUUCAUCACAUUCCUUGUGCCUGAGAAUGACCCUCGACUGCUGGGAGGAUCGGGUCUCAGCGCCUCGCCCCUUGUCAUCGCCCUCAACGACGCCGGUAUCAACGUGGUCCCCCAAAUCCUCAACGCCAUCUUCCUGGUCAUCUCCGCUACAGGUGGCUUGGAGCCUCUUUACAUUGCAUCGCGCGUCAUGCGCCACAUGGCCCUCUCCGGACAGUUGCCUAAGAAGCUGGCGCAGGUUGAUAGUAAAGGUCGACCUACCUGGGCUCUGUUUGUGACUUCCAUUUUCACCAUUGCUUUCACAUAUAUCAACUGCAGCAACACUGGUGCCGUGGUCUUCUCCUGGUUCUCUAGCGUGUCCUCGACCAUCUUCAUGAUCGCGUGGGUCGUGCUUGCCAUCUGCAGCGUCCGAUUCCACGCCGCCAUCAAAGCCCAGAAGAGCACGCUUUUGGAAGGCAAGUAUGCAUACCGUGCAAUGUUCUGGCCAGCCGGACCCGUUUUCCUCGGCGUCACCGCGUUUCUUGUCCUCGUGGGCUUGUUCGCGGAGGCCUUAUACCCUGUCGGAGGGACCAAUCUGAGCGCCUACGACUUUUUCGAGACGUACCUUGGAGUCCCGCUCGUCUUGGUCGCCAUUGUCGGGUACAAGUUGAUCUUCCGCACCAAGUUCCGACGUGCCAGCGAGAUCGACCUCGUGUCUGGCCAUCGGCCCUUGACCGAGGAGGACGAGCACUUCCUUGACCAAUACUAUGCUCAGCCCAUGUGGAAGAGAGUCUGGAGCUACGUCACCACCAGUGACAAGUGA